AGAGCGCAUACAACAAGUUGGGCUAUUCUUUGCGCAUUGAAAAUUCGAAUUUAAAAAAUAUAUAUAGUCGAGUGUCGAACUUUUUCGUUUUACGUUUGUGUAGUGGGGGCAUGGGGGCAUUUUCAAGCUGAAAAUGUUUUCAAAAAAACAGAUAAUCGCGCUGCUGGGACUUUUAUUUUACGUAUUGGCCACUCAAGUUAUUCAAACCGAUCAAGUCCAAAUGUUCCCAAAAAUACAAAAGGAAGAUCUGGUGAUUGAAGCCGGCUCAACCCUAACACUUGAAUGCGUCGAAAAGUUAAAUCGAUCAGAUGAUCAAAUAAAAUGGACAGUUCCCAGACACGUCACAUUCAAGGAGCGAUGGAUAAAACGCUUUAACGAAACAACUUUCACGAAUGAAACGCACCUGAUCUCGACGAUGACUUUAAAAAACGCCACAGUCUAUGACACGGGUUUCUACAAAUGUGAAGGGAAAGGGAUAGAAAAUCGAUACGUUUAUGUUUCCAGUCACGAAAAGUUGGUUUUUAGGGAGGACGAUAACGAUCACUUUUAUGGCGGGAAACCAGGAGAGCCCAUUAUUUUCCCUUGUAAAGUGACUCAUCCCAACGUCAGCCUCUCACUUUUUCGGCAAACGAGAGAAACAACAGUCCAAUUUCAAAAUGAAUACUUUAAGGUUUGGGAUUCCUCGUCGUCGUUUGAAAAUUCGAGAUGGUCCUUCGACCCUAAAAAAGGAUUGACAUUGAAGGACCCCACAAUUUUCGACUCGACCUAUUAUUUUUGUGUUGGACAUUUGCCUCUUGUCAACGGAAAACGAGUCAGCAUCAAACAUUUUAGUCGAAAAUCUGGCGAAUUUCGGAGAUGGCUCUUCUCGACGAAUCAAACAGACGCCACCGAUGUUUUACGCGCUGCAUUAGUUGUAGAAGGAAUGGAACUGGAACGAAUAGGAGCCCCUGACGACCCAGUGGAAGGAUCUAACGUUACAUUGAUUUGUACUACUUCUAACAAAGAUGGACAGGAAAAAAACAGGCCGAAAUGGUUCUAUCACGACAAUAACAAUUUUUAUCGUCCAGUCAUAUUACUCCCCAAGAAAAAGAGGAUGGAAAAAUUUAAUGCUAGGUUCCCAGCAAACGGUGAAAAGAAUUCACAGCCAACUAAUAAUCAAGGUCCAUUUACCAAGUAAGGAAUGGGUAAUGGCUGGGCACUUAAGAGAGAAAUUCCAAAUGGUUAUCGAAUGACACCACCAGAAUAUUCACCCAAUUUUUUCGGGAAAAUAAUGGAAAACUGUUGGAAAGCGGAACGGAAAGAGAGGCCAACCUUCUCCAAAUUGGCCGAAAUGAUGGAAAAUUACAUCAAGUCAAAUAACAGCUUCGAUUAUUUGAACUGACCGGAAAAGAAACUGAAAUAGUCAAAUACUAGAGGUAUUCCACUCCCGUCUGAAAUUUUUAAGAAUUGUUACGUUAUUGAACGACGAACAAAGUAGUGGCAAAUCUAUUUACAGCAACGAGAUUGAAAUAUUUGGAAUAUUCGGUUCUUCCUUAUACUUUUGACUCGUUACUAAAGUUAAAUCCAAGUAAACCUUUGAAAUCCACCCUCCCACACCCUCCGAAUUUCCCUUAUCGCUUAUGCUUCAUUUUAAUCACAAAAACUGUCGAAAAAUUGGAAUAAAAUAUUAGCCUAAUACAUGAAAGUAUACUAUGCUUGCAAAUUUAAAUCGUGUGCUGACGAAGUGAUCGUUUCUCGGCCAAGUAUUGCUCGAAGGAUUUCCUCGUUCUACACGGAAUCGUUCCCACAAAAAAACGAAGGGGAUAGAUCGCCACAAAAAUAGUCAAUACGCCUGCCAUUCGACUCCCAACUAUCGCCGAAGAUUCAAACAGGCAGGUAUCAAAAUACAAGAUUAAAACAGAGUAUUUUUUAAACCUGGACAUUGAAUAGUGAUCAGAAAUCUAACUUUAUAUAAUAAUCAAAGAGGCUUGAGAUUUCACUCUGUAGACCACACACCCAACCCCCAUAUUUACACAUUAAUAAGUUGAAUCCUAUCUCAGUAACCAGACGACUUCAAACUAUCACAUGUCUCAUUCCAUCACAAUACUUGAAAUAUUUUAACU